AUGAAUCCUCCUUCGUAUAACAUGAGCUUCUGCAAGGGGGGAGGGUACAUGUGGGAGGAAGGGCAGAAUACACGAUCGCAGCCCGAGCAUGACCAGAACCUCAAGGAUAUGGGAUUCAACCUGCCGUACGAUUGCUAUAGUGCGUCGCUCUCAUCGGGCAGCGGCCUGGAAACGGCGGCACCCUCACCAGGGACCGAAUUCUCUCCGGACCUGCGAGCCAUACCACCAAUGAGUGACAUCUCGCUCGACAAUCUAGCGGGUGAUAUCUACUUGCGGAGUCUUAGUGAUCCUGCCAUCCACCACGUCCACAAGUAUGAGGGCACGGUUAUGAACCCUCAGUAUCCGCCCUACAUCGAGGACUGUACGCUCCAUCCGGUUCACCAGCCCGUUGUGUUGUGCAACGGGACGUACCAUCCUCGAACCCAGUCUUUGGACAGUUGUCUGUCGGCGCCAAUGAUGCCUGCUGGCUCUGGCGAGGACUAUCUAAGUGAGGUGAUAGUCCCGGCGCCACCACCAAACAUGGAGAGAAAUGGACACUUUGAACGCGCCAAUGACUUGGGAAGCAACAAAGACCAGAAUAUCGAAAUUCCCCAAACAGCAAAGACUGGAGAAUCAACAUCUACCUCUGGGGCAAUGUCAAAAGCACCAGAGGAAGAAGCAGCCCAGGUCAAGGCAGAAGUCAAAGAAGAAAUCGUCUUGCAAGUCAAGGACAAGUCAGACGUUGCACAGAAAAAACGCAAGCGAAGCCAAAAAGACAGCAUAAGCGAGGAUUCCACCGAGGAGUUGCUCUUCGCGUGUCCCCUCUACAGGAAAUAUCCGCUUCAGAACAUGGACUGCGUAAACCGCAAGCUCACGCGGAUCCGGGACGUGAAGCAGCAUUUGCUGCGACGGCAUCUUGCGUUUCGCUGCCCCAUCUGCAAUAUACCGCUCCCUUCCGCGGCGCGCAAGGAGGAGCACAUCAUGGAGCAGGACUGCAGCCCGGCCGAAGCCGCGGAGAGGUUCGGCCCUGAUGGCAUCACCCAGGAAGUGCAUGACAUAUUGAAGAAGAGGAGCCACAGAGGGAAGCCCCCAACCACCAAGUGGUAUGAGGUGUGGGAGAUCAUCUUUGGCGACACGAAUCGGGAAGAAAGACCGUUCCUGGGUCCCAUGAUGGAGGAGACGGCCAAGUUGAUGCGGGACGUCUGGGAUAAAGAGAGCAGAUCCAUUGUCCAAGACGUCGUGUUGGAUGGCAGUGACAAUCAAAAUAAAGCUGAGCAACAAAUGGAGGCCAUGAUGGCCAUGUUCGAGAAGGUCCAGGACCGAUUCGAAACACGCAUCCACGAGCUGACAAGUCAUGAAUCCUCAUCUGAGAAGAGCAGCCCCGUGAUGGCUGCCAACCAGCCGCUGGCGAAAGCAAAAUACCCCAGCAACACACCAAACACAAAAAACACCGGUAGAGUCUCGCCCCAGCCGGACGGCGGCGACCAUGCCCCCAAAACAGAAGAGUCCGGUAUCCCAUCACUACCCUCUAGCUCGGGGGAUACAAUGAGCCAUUAUACGUUAUCUUCACCCAACGAUGCCAAACAAGGCCGUGGGCUCAAAGGCCACAGUGCCAGCUGGCCUACCACAUCGCAGGCCUCGCUUGACAAGAACGGAUCUCCGCGGAGCGUGUACUCGAUGGCGUCACUUACACGGUCUCUGACCUGA